AUGGCUACUCCGACGUAUACGCUGCCUCCGCUUCCAUACGCCUACGAUGCCCUCGAACCGGUCAUCUCCCGCCAGAUCAUGGAGCUGCACCACCAGAAGCACCACCAGACCUACAUCACCAACCUCAACGCCGCCCUGGCCGCGCAGGCCAAGGCCAUCCAGGCCAACGACGUCCCCCAGCUGAUCUCCCUGCAGCAGAAGAUCAAGUUCAACGGCGGCGGGCACAUCAACCACUCGCUCUUCUGGAAGAACCUGACGCCUCCGGGCUCGGCAGAGUCGUCGCUCGAUGCCGCUCCGACCCUCAAGCAGGCCAUUGCCACGAGGUGGGGGUCCACGGAGAAGUUCAUCGAGGCCUUCAAGGCGGCCCUGCUCGGCAUCCAGGGCAGUGGAUGGGGCUGGCUCGUGGCGAACGCUCCCAACGGGAAGCUGGACAUUGUGACCACCAAGGACCAGGAUCCGGUCACUGAGCCGCAGAUCCCCAUCUUUGGGGUGGACAUGUGGGAGCAUGCGUAUUAUCUGCAGUACCUCAACAACAAGGGUGGCUAUGUCAGCGAGAUCUGGAAAGUCAUCAACUGGGCCGUUGCGGAGGAGAGAUAUAAGAACGGAGUUGACGGGUCUGCGAUCUUGAAGGCAGCAAUCUAG